AUGACAGAAGACAGGAAUCUGUCCCUUCUGGUGCCCCCACGGCUGGACUGGUUCGUGCACACUCAGGUGGGCCAGCUGGCCCAAGACGGGGUCCCCACAUGGUUCCACGGUGCCAUCUCCAGAGAGGCCGCUGAGAACUUACUGAAGCCACAGCCACCAGGAUCCUUUCUCAUCAGGGUCAGCCACAGUCACGUGGGCUACACACUGUCCUACAAGGCCCAAGACAGCUACCGCCACUUCAUGGUGAAGCUUCUAGACGACGGAAGUUUUGUGAUCCCUGGAACGAGGGCAGCCCACACCUCACUGGACGCCCUGGUCACCUUCCACCAACAGGAGCCCAUGCAGCCAUAUGGGGAGCUGCUGACCCAGCCCUGUGGGCAGGAGGAUCCAGAAAACGUGGACUAUGAGGAUCUCUUCCUUUUCUCCAACACACUGGCUGAGGAAGUCGCCAUUCCAGCCCAUGGCCGGAAAGAGGACGCCUUCCCCAAACAGGGCCUGCUCUACUGGCCAAAGAAAAGGACGUCUUCGGCAGAGGUGGACAGAGUGCCCUCUGGGAAUGCUGGCGUCUCCUGCCCCACAAAAGCUUCUCUGGGGGGCACCCGACAAAAACUCUGGAAGAGCCUCAAGACACUCCCUCAAGCCGGCAGGAAGGUCCAGCAACAGCUGAAAUCUCAUCUCACAGCCAUGAGCUUGCCAUUGCUCUGGAAUUCCAGGUGGUCCUCCGCACCCCACAGCUCGGGGGCCAGGGCAAGCAACUGUGAGAAUACUGCAAACUGGGAGGACAGCAUCUGUACUGCGCCCUUUGAGGGGGCCCAGGGACUCCACUGCUCCCCCAGAGACAGAAAUGCCCUUUCCAGGGAACCCCUGAGGUCAGUGAGUUGGAGCGGAGUUUCCCCGGGAGACAGGAGUCUGCACUCAGCAGUAGUGAGGUCUCCCUCACUGCAGGUGUCUGAGCAGGAGAUGAGGAACUUGACAGAGUCCCAGGACUGGCUCCCUGAGGAGUACCUCCCACCGCCACCAUUCGCCCCUGGAUACUGCUAG